AUGAGCGGCAGCGGACUCACAGUGGACCGAGCCUGGAGCCUGGAGCCUGGAGCCCUGGAGCCUUGGAUCCUGGAGCCUGCAGCUCCAGCCGCAGUGGAGCCGUGGUGCCUUGCCGCUGAGUCCAGGCGCAGCCUCCGGAGCAGGGAUGGAGCCCUCACAGCAGCCCGGGGUCUUGGAGAAUCCCCCCAGAUGCUCCGGACGCAGAUACGAGGCACAACUGUGUCUCGUUCAACCAGCUCUCUGGCUCUGGGCGCUCAGCAGGGCUUCAGGCUCUUCUCUCUGACCACUGUGGACUCGCUGGACUGCAUCUACCACAGCACAGCAGACGGGCAGCGUGUGCGUCUGGUGGAGCGGCUCUAUGGUAGCUCUCUGGUGGUGGUGGUUAGCUCGCUCACUCCCCAUCGCCUCCACAUCUACCACUUUAAGAAGGGCACGGAGAUCUGCUGCUACAGCUACCCCAGUCCAGUGCACGUGGUCAGGCUGAACCGGCAGCGGCUGGUGGUUGGCCUGGACGACUCCCUGUACAUACACAACAUAAAGGACAUGAAGCUGCUGCAGAGGCUGGUGUGUGGCCCCUUUGGCCCCUGUGGCCCCUGUGCCCUGUCCAGUGGGGGCCCCUGCUCCUACCUGGCCUAUCCCAGCGGCCCUGAGUGUGGAGAGCUGCAGCUGUAUGACGCCACCGCACUGAGUGCACUGAGCCAGGUCUCAGCUCACCACAGUCCUCUGGCAGCACUCUGCUUCAGCACCUCAGGCUCCAGACUCGCCAGCGCCUCCCAGAAGGGCACUGUGAUCCGAGUCUUCUCCGUCCCCGAGGGCCAGCGCCUCUUUGAGUUUCGCCGCGGCAUGAAGAGGUGUGUGGACGUCAGCUGUCUGUCCUUCAGCCCUGAUGGACACUUCCUCUGCUGCUGCAGCAACACUGAGACUGUGCAUGUCUUCAGACUGGAGGAGCCAGGCCUCAGUCAGCAGCAGCAGCAGGAGGAGGAGGAGGAGGUGUCUUCGUGGGGCUCGUACGUGGGUAGGAUGUUCUCCGCUGCCAGCUCCUUCCUCCCUGCUCCGGUGUCGGACCUGAUAAGCCAGGACCGCGCCUUCGCCACCGCACAGCUGCCCUGGGCCGGGCGCGGGAACACAUGUGCCCUGGCCGUGAUCCAGAAGCUUCCACGUCUGCUCGUAGCCACGUCUGACGCCACACUGUACAUCUACACUUUUGACCCAGCACUGGGGGGCAAGUGCCACCUGUCCCACACACAUCAACUUGUGGGAGCCCAACUCCAGGACCAAAGUGAAGGGACCCUGUCAGUGGCAUCAGAUUCCUCAGGACCACUGACCCCUGUGCCCUCGUAUGCUGCCACAGCUGCCUUACCCCCGGCUCCAGGCCUGACCGCUGCUGUGCUCACAGGGUACAGUGAGGACGGUGGCUGCAAAGAGGGGGAGGUGAUCCCAGAGCACGAGCUGGCAGCUGGACCUGUGUGCCUGGAUGAUGAGAGCGAGUUUCCCCCUAUCAAGGGUGGAGACGGUAGCGAUGUGUCUGAGAGCGACAGCUUCUGCAAACUCUGA